AUGUCGUCUUCCGACAUGCAUCCGCAUCCAAGUUCUGCCACCGAACAUCUCGCGCAUGAAGACCUGGAUCAACGCCGGACCUCCACAGACUCUGAUGUGAUCCACCACCUCUAUUUUGAAGACAACGAUGGCUUCUUUCCACCAACUUGGAUUGGCAAAGACUCACAGCAGAAGCCCUCAACCGAAAACUCGGGCAAUAACCUCGAGGGCACUAGGGACACUAGCACAAGUGCCUACAAGGAAAGAACAUGA